AUGGAUUCACACAUUAAGGACACUACUGACUUCCUUAAUAAACUUUCGAACCUCGGUAACCUACCUAACAACGCUAUUCUUGUAACUCUUGAUGUGUCAUCGCUUUACACCAACAUUCCACACAAUCAAGGAAUUGAUGCAUGCCGUCAUUUUCUUGAUACCCGCCCUAACAAACACAUCCCCACAGAGACACUAUGUGACCUCUUACGCAUGAUUCUCACCAUGAAUAAUUUCACAUUUAACCAACAGCAUUAUCUUCAAAUCCAUGGUACUGCCAUGGGUACUAAAAUGGCUCCUUCUUUUGCUAACCUUUUUCUUGGUAUGUUCGAAACCAACGCUCUCACUAACGCCCCUUGGCAGCCUCACACAUGGUGGAGAUAUAUCGAGGGUAUUUUCAUGAUCUGGACAGAAGGUUCGGAUCGUUUGAAAAUAUUCGUCGAUUAUCUCAAUAACAUUCGUCCCACUAUUAAGUUCACUAGCUCUCACUCACUUACUAACGUUCCCCUUCUCGACGUCAUGGUGUCUCUACAUAACGGUAUAAUUGAAACUGAUCUAUUUACUAAACCCACGGAUAAACAUCAGCACCUUCUCAGCUCAUCAUGCUAUCCUCACCACACUAAGAAAGCCAUUCCGUUCAGCUUAGCCCUCCGCCUCCGCCGUACCUGCUCUACAGAGGCUAAGUUUAAACAUCGCAUCAAUGAACUUAAAACAUAUCUCCUUGCUCGUGGUUAUAAUUAUAAUUUCCUAGAAGAAGAGUUCCUACGCGUUGCUAAUAUUUCACGUAUUAACGCGUUACAGACUAAACCUAAAGCUUCUGACCAUGUUGUACCAUUUGUUGCCACAUAUAACCCAGCACUUCCACGCAUUUCUAAUAUCCUACGCAAACAUUUUAACACCUUACACUCUUCUAACCGAUGCAAAGACGUCUUUAAUAAGCAACCGCCUUUUGUUGCUUAGAUACGUAGCCCUAAUCUUCGUGACAUUUUAGUUAAAGCACAAUUACCCGUUAUCUCCAACAAUCAUUUUCCACCAGGCUCCUUCCGCUGUGGACAAAAUUGUGCCACUUGUCCAUAUAUUACUAACGGCCUCACAAGUAAUACCUUUUACGCUUCAGGUGAAACACGCUCAAUCACUUCACACAUUACUUGUAACACUAAAAACGUGAUCUACAUGGUUCAAUGUAACCGUUGUAAUUUACAAUAUAUAGGUGAAACUAAGCGACGUCUCAAGAACAGAUUUAACGAACACAGACGUGCGGUCGACAAAACUAACAUUAAAUUAAAACCCACUACUGUUUCUGCACACUUUCUCUCUCACUCUAACCAUUCUCAUACUGGCAUGCAGUUA